CCAGGCGAAUGGUUCAAUGACUUUGGCGACCAGUUUCUAUUUUCUCUCUGGUUCUGUCGUCGGGUCGGCCUGCAAGGAAGGGGGUCUUUGUUUGCGUUUCACGUUCGCGUCGCACGGUAUCAUCUGUGACGGUUCCAUCGUAUCGUGUCCGAGACGGAAUGUGUCCGCAUAAGUGGAAGCGUGGUUGUUCUCGUUCCUGGUCCUUGUGAAAUGUCGUGCAGCGCCCAAGGGUGGGUUCGUGCAUCAGUGCGAGUGCAGUGAGUGAGGUGCAGUGUGUAGGGUGUGGGUCGGCACGGCCACGGCGAGCGAAGCGCGCGGUGGCGGCGGCCGCUCGGCCAUGACCGGCGACAUGCCUCUGGGGAGCGCGCACGCGUUCGGGCGCGCGCUGCUCCGGGACGGGGCGCUUCCGCCGCUGGAGCCCGGGCCGCCGGCGCCGCCCGCGGCCGCGCAGCCGCCCGACAAGCGUCCGCCGGCCGCCGCCGCGAGCCCCGAGCAGGUCAUGAAGCUCUACAUGAACAAGCUCACGCCGUACGAGCACCGCGAGAUAUUCGACUAUCCCCAAGUGUACUUCAUAGGCGCGAACGCCAAGAAGCGGCCGGGUCUGGUAGGCUUCCCCAACAACUGCGAAUACGACAACGAGCAGGGAUCGUACAUCCACAUCCCGCACGACCAUAUCGCGUACCGCUACGAGGUUCUCAAAGUCAUCGGCAAGGGCAGCUUCGGGCAAGUCGUCAAAGCGUACGACCACAAAAAGCGCGAGAACGUGGCUCUAAAGAUGGUGCGUAACGAGAAGCGUUUCCACCGGCAGGCGCAAGAGGAGAUCCGCAUCUUGGAGCACCUGCGAGAGCAGGACAAGGAUAAUACGAUGAACGUGAUCCACAUGUUCGACUCGUUCACGUUCCGCAACCACACGUGUAUAACGUUCGAGCUGCUAUCGAUAAACCUGUACGAGCUGAUAAAGAAGAACAAGUUUCAGGGGUUCUCUUUGCAGCUGGUGCGCAAGUUUUCGCACAGCCUGCUGCAGUGUCUCCACGCGCUCAGCAAGAGCCGCAUCAUCCACUGCGACAUGAAGCCCGAGAACGUGCUGCUCAAGCAGCAGGGACGCUCCGGCAUUAAGGUGAUAGACUUCGGCAGCUCGUGCUACGAGCACCAGCGGGUGUACACGUACAUCCAGUCGAGGUUCUACCGCGCGCCCGAGGUGAUGAUGGGCGCCAAGUACGGCAUGCCCAUCGACAUGUGGUCGCUGGGGUGCAUACUCGCGGAACUGCUCACAGGUUUCCCCCUCCUCCCCGGCGAAGACGAAGCGGACCAAAUGGCGUGUAUAAUCGAACUCCUGGGCAUGCCGCCGCAGAGGCUCAUCGAGCAGGGCAAGCGCUCGAAGAACUUCAUCAGCAGCAAAGGCUUGCCGCGGUACUGCACCGCUACCAUGCUUCCUGACGGCACAACGCUCUUAAGUAGCGGUAUGUCAAGAAGAGGCAAGCCUCGUGGUCUGCCGGGUUCUAAAAGUUUUGUCACAGCGCUCAAAGGUUGCCAAGACAAAUACUUCAUCGAUUUUAUUAGAAGAUGUUUGGAGUGGGAGCCAGAGAAGCGGCUGACGCCGGCCGCAGCGCUGCGGCACGCGUGGCUGCGGCGCCGCCUGCCGCGCCCGCCGCACGACGAGGAGCCCGCGCCCGCGCCGCCCGCCAACGUUAGUAUCCACCCGCUCCCGCCGCCGCACAACCACGCCAAGCGCCUCGCGCAGACCAAGUGCACUGACAAAUAGUCGAGCGGCGGGUCGGGGUGUGCGGGCGCGGGCGCGGCGGCGGGCGCGCGCGGCGGCUCGCUGCGCACGCCGCUCGCGCGCACUCCCGUAACCUUCAACGCGUCGCAAGUCGCCAAAGCGAAGCUGCAGGCGGCACUGUCGGAGGAGAGCAGCGGGCUGGGCGGGCUGAGUGGGCUGAGUGGGUCGGUGGGCAGCGUGGGCGCGGCGGGGGGGCGCUACUGGGCGGCCGGCAAGCUGCCGCACCUGCCCGCGCCCUCCUAGCGCCCGCCCGAAGCGCGCCGCCUCGCCAAGGUGUCGUCCCUGGAGGCGCCUCGACGCGCAGGCGUGGGCGGCGCGCGCCUCGAGCUCGAGCGGCGCAGCCUCGACCUCGAGCGCGAGCUGCGCGCCGACCGCGACUCCGACGCCUCGCUCGACGACCGCGACCACC